AUGUGCGUUUUUAGUUUUGGGGUAUUCUACCUCAAUCAAGCUAUGCCCUUUGGUGGUGUUAAAGCUUCGGGACAUGGCAGAUUUGGUGGAGAGGAAGGUUUAAGAUCACUAUGCUCUGUCAAAUCGAUAACGGAAGAUCGGUUCUUUUCAUAUAUAAGAACAAGUAUACCCCCUCCCGUCGACUUCCCAUUGCCUGAUCCAAGGAAAGCAUGGGGAUUCCUGGUCGGUCUAGUCAACCUAGCUUAUGCUAAGUCACUCUGGGAGAGAGCGAAAGGUUUAGGCGAUCUACUGAAAGGUCUAUUGUGA